AUGUACUCUGGUGUACAACUUAUGCUCACCAACCUUCCCAAGCUGAGGGUGGCGGUUAACCCCCCAGCGGCGGAUAGCCCUACCAGAAGCCUGACAACUGACAGUAUACGACAUUCGGGCUUGCUGGCGACCGCUCCGACGUCUUUCAGCGAGCUUUUCGACGGAAGACUUUCCCUGUCCGAUAUCAAGGACAAUCUCAAGGUGUCACCAGAAGUGCCUUGGUUGAAUCAGGUUUUCCAGCGUUGGCUGCCGAGCGAUCCUGAAAAACCCGUAAUGCCAUUGGCCAGAACCCUCCCAGCACCUUGGAUUCAACAACGAACAUGCGAUUCUUCUGGAUUUGUGGGCUCGCUCUCCGAUGUGGGAGGGGACAAGGAUCUGAUGUCCCCUUCGGGACUUCGGUCUCCUGGCUCUACUCAGAGUGGUCCUUCCGAGACUUCGUCUAGGGAGAGUAUUCCUUCCAUCGUUCGGCCCACGCACAUGCUCGUCUUCUCUUCCUCCAUUCCGUGGCUCCCGGAACUAUGCCCGCCAGAGAAAAUGCCUGCAUGUGGCGAAUGCGCGGUCAACAUCCUCCUGCUCCUCAUCAACUGUCCCAACGUGGGACCUCUGUCUCGAGUGCCCCCGCCAGUCCCCGGCAAGCUGCCACGAGUCGUACUGAAGCUGCGAAGUGUGGACGUCUUUCCUGAAUUUCUGCGGUACCUCCAUCACAAGAACCACGCGGCACUAUUCAAAGAACUGAUUCCGGAGUGGAUACGCGAUAUCCUACGUUCAUACCCCAAUCUGCACAAGACGCCCAGAGCAGAGGAACUUGGUUCACGUGGGGAUGGACUACUUAAGGCCACUGCCCUGAAGUUGCUUCGAAAAGCUAGCCGGUCGACUAUGUCUGCCACUGCGAAGAAUAGAGAGGAGUUUUUAAACCCGGCGUCGAUGGAGCGUUCCGUAGUGGAUGAUCUAGUCAAUGAGGAGCGCCGUCUUACGAAUACCUAUCCGUCCGACGGGGAAUUUCCAGAGACUAUCGAAAAGGCCGCGGCUAACUUGCGCGCCUUGAAGGACAACAUCGAGGAACUCGGUUAUCGCGACGACGCCCUUGAGGGUGAACUGGUAGCAUGUCUCCGCUUCAUAUCUGCUGCGUAUCUCAAAAAGUCGAAGGUGUCGAUGUGA